UGCGUUGAGACGAUUUUUUGCAUUGAGAGGACCAGCAAAACAACUCAGAUCUGAUUGUGGCACAAACUUUAUUGGGGCUUGCAAAGAGCUACAGAUGGACACAAGAAUGCAGAAGUACCUCACAGAUCAGGAAUGUGUCUGGGAAUUCAACCCGCCUCAUGCUUCUCACAUGGGGGGUUCUUGGGAGCGGAUGAUUGGCAUGGCAAGGAGGAUUUUGGAUGCUAUGCUGCUCCAGCAAAACAUCUCCUUGACUCACGAAGUCCUAUGUACUCUAAUGUCAGAAGUUACUGCCAUUAUCAAUGCCCGUCCCUUGAUGGUUGUUUCUACGGAUCCUGGAAAUCCUUUCAUCCUAUCACCUGCGAUGCUUGUGACUCAAAAGGUUGGAGUCCCACCACCUCCAGGAGAUUUUCCUGAUAAAGACUUGUUUACAAGGCAGUGGAGACAAGUACAAGCAUUGGCAAAUCAGUUUUGGACUCGCUGGAAACGAGAGUACCUGCCAUCUUUACAACAACGUUCAAAAUGGACAGUACCCAAAAGGAACUUAGAAAUAGGAGACUUAGUUCUUCUCAAAGACAAGCAAGCUCCUCGCAACUGUUGGCCACUGGCAAGGAUCACUGCCACAUUCCCUGGACAAGAUGGAUAUGUACGAAAGGUCGAGGUCACAACAGCAGAGCAAGGCAGACCAAGAACAUAUCUUCGACCUAUCACAGAAGUUGUUUUGCUUCUGCCUAACGAAUGAUCUAUGGACUAAUGUUUGAUGAUCCGGCGGCAUGGUGACCUCACAGAGGUCAGACGGGGAGUGUGCUGCUUUGACAGCAUUUUUCUUUAAUGUUUAUGUAUAUUGUGUUUACGGACAUUUUAAGUUACUUGUAACUGCA